AUGGAUACUUUCAACGAACUUCCCAUCACUGAGAACUCUACCAGCGAGGCUUCCUUUAGCGAGGCUUCUCCUAGCGAUGCUACUGUCGAAGAUAUCUCUAUCCAUGAUGUCCCUACCAAUGUUCCUACCAUCAACGUCUUUACCAGCAAUAGCCCUACUAGUGAUCGAGAACAUAACUCCAAAAAGAAGAAGACUCGCCGCGGCCGCAACGACCCCGAGCCAGACUGGUCCGCCCAAAUGCGUGACAAGGUGAAGAAGUCCAACAGCCGUAUUGGCCAAGCCUGUGAUAGGUGCAAGGCGAAGAAGAUGCGAUGCACACCCGACCACACCGGCUGUGCCUCUUGCAUCUCCCAGAACCUCUCCUGCAAAGUCACUGACCGCGUGACCGGAGAAACAUACGUGCGUGGUGAAGCUGGGCGGAUGCGCCUCGUUAUCGAAAGACUCAAUGACCAGGCGGAUAACCUGAAGCGGGAAGUUAUGAGGCUGCAGCAGGAGAAUGAGUUGCUGCGGGAUUCCCAUGUGGAACUCAAGAGUCGGAUUAACAUGUACAAGUCGUCUCUCGAUACCUACGAGGCCGGGUUUGUUCUUAACAACCCAGAGGCUGAUCUGAUGCAUCUUCUGUGA